CUGCGGCGAGAGGCGGUGUCAAGCGCCGCGACGAGAAACGCUCCCGGGAGGGACGCCACGCCCACUCGGCGCUCGGCGACCGGCCCCACGAGCGACGAGUCAAGUGUCGUUUCUCGUUCGGCAUUUGGCUCCAAAGCGACGAUGCGACCGGAAAGUUGGCGCCUGGCUUCCCUCGUCGUCGUCGUCGUCGGGUUGCUGCUUCCCCACCGCGGCGACAGCUUGUCGUGUCAGAGGGCCCACGAAAGCGCCCCCGAGGCGGAGGGCUGCCCCGUCAAGACCGCCCGCCAUCCCUCCGUCAGCAAUUGCGUCAGCGUCCAGGUGCGGAUUCAACACGCAGACUUGAGUCUGGCCCCCACCAUCGAAAUCACCUCCUUGACAAAAGAGACCAUCCGGCCCGUCUUCAAAUACAAGAGAACAAAGAAAAAGGUUCGCCAGCCCCCUCGUUUUCUCCCAUUCUUUGUUCCUCUUCAUCAUCAUCUUCCUCACCAGCGUCACCUCUUUUGGUGUGUGCGUGUGUGUGUGUGUGUGUGUGUCGUGGCGCCAUCGGAAGAACGGCAAUGAAAUUCAAGUGCUGUGUCACGAGAGCUCCGAGCGGCCCGGGCCGCACGUCAACGCCACUUUGAGCUCGUGGGAGGUGCUUAUCGACUGCGUGGAGACCAAGGGCCGGCUCCCGCUCAGCGUGUCCUACAGCGCCGCGUCGGUGCGCUGCAGCCUCAACUACACUCUACCAGAGGCCGUGGCCGACUUCUCUGUGUCUGUGGAUCGCGCCUCCAAAUCCAUCAACGUGACGGUGCUGUCGGAGAGCAAAGUCCUCGCCAGGUGGUGCUACAAGCAGAGCGCCCACUACUGCGUCCAACGCCGCCCUUCCAACAUCACCGUCAUGGACCCGUCUCGGAGCCGCUGGGCCCUGCUGGGCUUCCCGUUCCUGCUGCCUUGCGUCUGCGUGCAAGUUUUUUCCACCCACGCGGACCCCCUCCGCAAGACGGCGUGUCCUCUGCAAGGCCUCCCGAUCGCCGACGCGGCGGCGGACGUGUGGCCGUCUUCCGCCGUCACGCUGUACCGGUCCAGCCUGACUUUGAGCUCGGCGUGCCCCGCCCGCGACUUCCCCGUCUCGGCGUCCCUCUGCUGGAGGCGCCACCCGGACGUCUGCGUGCCCUCGCCCGACUCCAGCCUGCUCGCGCGGGAAGACGGGACCGACCUGAUCUUUGACAUCUCCGCGGUGGAUCGACACCCUCGGAUCUGCGUGAAGUUUUCCCUGGGGGGCAGCCACAACGUCUCGUGCCCCUUCCGGGCCGAGACGCCAUCGUGGCGGGUUUCUCUCCGAGCCGGCCCGUCCAUCGACGUGGAGUCGUCAGCGGCCGCCACCUUCCGGGCUCAGGCGUGCGCGCCGAGCGCCGGGGGGUGCGCGGCCCGCGGGCCCGUCCGCGCCGUGGCGGUGGAGGCGGCGUCGGCCGGCCGGAUCCACGUGCCCCUCGGCUGGGCGGGCGAGGGAGCGUGCGUGCAGGUAACGUCGGAGCGCCGCCCGACGCCGCCCAACUUUCGCGUCUCACGGCUUGAAUUGGCGCAGGUGUGGCAGUCCUCUCCCGCCCUGAAGGGCCGAAGAAUCCUGUGCCCGCACCGUACUCGCGGCAGGCGGGGUGUGCGGGCGGCGGCGGCUUUCUUCCUCCUCGCCGCGCUGGCCUUCUCGGCCGUUCUUCUCCCCUCCCUCGUGACGAAGAGAGCGACGGCUCGGCUGUCCAUCGGCAAGCCGGUGCUGCUGGUGUGCUCGUCGUGGCGCCACGUUUCGGCCGCCCGCGCUCUGGCUUCUCUGCUCGGCGGGGAUCUGAACGCCACGGUGCACCUGGCCCUGGGCGGGGCGGGCGGCGUGGCCGACCUGGGCCCGCUGCCCUGGCUCUACGGCCGCUGGGAGGCCGUGCGGGAGGCGCGAGGAAAAGUCUUGAUCGUCUGGAGUCCCGAGGCCAACCGGACCUACGGCAAGUGGAGGCGGCGGUGGCGCGGCGACGAGGCCCACGGGCCUUCCCCGCGCCAGCCGGAGAAAGAUGGCGCCGAUGAGCGGCCCGCCGACGUGUACCGGCCCUCCGCCGUCAUCCCGACCGUGUUCGAGGCUGCCCUGAUGUGUCUGGAGGGGGCGCAGCGCCGGCGCCAAGGCGGAGAAGUCGCCCUGGUCUACUUCCGAGGCCUGGGCCGCAGCAGGGACAUCCCUCGGAGCUUCCGGAACCUCCCUCGCUACGGCCUCCCGCGGGACUUGGCCCGCCUCGUCCGGGAGCUCGCAGGCCCGAGCGCGACGGAAAAGACGCCGCGGUGGCGCUGUCUGCGCCGACUGCUUUCAACGUGGGCGUCCGUGUGGCUGGAGCGGCAGUUGGGUCUUGCCGGCAGAAAGCGCGACGGACGGCGCGGAAGCGGCGGUCAAGCUCGUGUGACUCCCGAUGUUCCCGUGGAGAGCCUGACACGUCUCGGUGACGGCAACUCCGCCCUUGGUGUCCUUUGCCGCGCCAAGUAAGGCAAAAGCGUUUCUGGCUCCGAGGUGCGGGCCCUUCGCUCGCUGCCGUACCGAGCCGCCGCCGAGCCCCUUUCGGGCCGAUCCGUACGAAGGAGCGCCGACGGCGAGCGGCAAAUGGCAUCCGUGUUGACAACGCCGAGGUGGUCGCCGGCCACUGGGAAGUACGACGCCUCUUCGGAAGAAAAAAAAAGGGGGGUCAGGCUCUGGAAAGAGGACAUCGAUGGUUUGAAAGUGGAGGCAGGCCAGGAGGCUUCCGACACCGCCGAUCUCCCACGAUACAAAGGCGUCCUUUCAUCCCUGACAAAAAAAAAAAAAAUCAAUGAUUGAGCCUCGGACAUCCGCCAACCAACAUGGCCUCUUGUGGCCCCAUUCACACGGAAACACAUUUUAGCGUCUCCACAAAGCUUUAUUCUUGUUUUCAGUUGAGGUCCCCAGGGUGCGUGUUUUUCUUUUUUCUUUUCGCACUUCCACAUUUGUUAGGAGAACGUUUUACAAAUAUAAAUAUUCUGCCACAGUAGUAGUAGUAACCCGUUUUGGUUGGGUCGGCGUUACUUUGCGCAGGAUUCUGCCAGAUUAAUUGUUAUUGAUUUAUUUAGAGAUGUUUUUUUUUUAAGUAAACCCGGUGGGGGCCAAUGUGGUACAGUAGUCCAAUUUCAAACAGAAUAAAAGAUCUGCUUUGUUU